GUCUAGGUGCUGAUUUUGCAUGUGUGUGUUUGUGUGAUUGCUUUUUCUGUUUGUUUAUUUGAAAUUGCUGAUAUUCUUUUCUGUGUGAGCCCUGUUUAUGCGUGAUUUGUCUAUGGUUACUGAUGUUGUUUGUGUGUAGUUCCUGAUGUUGUGUAGGUAUGUGUGUGUCUGUGUGGGACAGGUAUCAACAGGGAUUAGUGUGUGAAGGUGUGUGUGUGUGUGUGUCUCACCGUCUAGGCCGAUUUAAGCCUCGCCAACACGAGCGCGCCAGCCUUGUCUCAUCAUCGUCUUCCUCAGAGACAAGCACCGUUUUGUCAUGGCAGUGUGCGUCUAGUGAAGCAGAACGAUUCAAUGGACUGUCGCUGCUCUACUGGACCAUCAUGGGCCCGCACGGCAUCGGCCGAGCCGUCCACCGGCUGGAGUUCUCCCACUGCAAGGGAGGACUGGGUGUAAAAAUCAUUGGCGGCUACAGAGAGCUGACGGGAGAGGACUUUGGCAUCUUCAUUAAGAGAGUCGUAGCGGGAGGACUGGCUGCUCUUGAUGGUCGACUUAAGUCAGGUGACCUGAUCGUUGAUGUGAAUAACAUCAGCCUGAGGGGCGUCACCAAUGAGAGGGCAGUGGAAAUCCUGAGGACGGCGUCGCUUUCCAAUCACAUGUCCCUGCUGGUUGCCAGGGAUGACGACUCUAGGCGGGAGUUUUCUGAGCUGAUGGAGAAAUACGGCUCCGGUCCAUUGGUGGCAUCAGGUCGGAUCUCUCCGACUCAGCAGUCUGCAGGGAAGCUGACAGACGCCGCCUCCUCAGCCUCCUCUUCUUCCGCGUCCGAGAGCCCGAAACUGCUCAGCCCUAAAGAGGGUGUCUCCAUCUAUAGCCAUACACCCGCCUUCAGCGACAGCGUGAUCCAGUUGAUCUGCAUCGCCAAGGGCAGCGGCCUGGGCCUGGUCGUCAAGGGUGGAGCCAACCGUGCCGAAGGCCCCAUGGUUUUCAUCCAGGACAUGGUGGCGGGAGGAGACUGCCAGAAGGACGGCAGGCUGCAGGUGGGAGACCAGCUGGUGUCCAUCAACAAGGAAUCGCUCAUCGGCGUGACGUACGAGGAGGCCAGAACCAUCCUGACCCGCACCAAACUCAGACCAGAUCCCACCGUGGAAGUGGCCUUCAUCCGUCGUCGGGCAUCAUCCGGCUCUAGCAGUGGUUCUCACAGUCCUGUCCCGGGGGGGAACCUGGUCCGGCCUGCAGGUCAGGCAGCCGGUCCCCUUCCAACGCCACCAGUUGUGGUCACAAAGCUGACCUCUAGCCGGAACCCAGCCAGUGAGACACUUCCGGCUGUCAACAUCAGCCAGGUCCGAGUGAGUCCAGUCAGAACCGAACGUGUGGGGGUUUCCUCUUCAACUGAGCCUGAUGCUAACGUGGGAGGCUGUCGUCUGAAAUUGGAGCAAGUAGAAAAAGCUUUGGACCUGCUGGGCCUGAAGCCCUCAGAUGCUCAACGCCAGGCGCUCUGGUCCCGACUGCAAGCGGAUCAAGCAGGGACUGUGGCCUACGCUGAUUUGGAGAACGCAACCAGGGAAGCAUUCAGGCCCCAGUCAGACGAGUCGGCUGCAACCCCGCAAGGGUCAAAGUUCACGUGCGAGGACCUGUUGAGUCUGCUGGAAGUUCCCGCUCGCCACCCGUCAACGUGUGAUUGGGACGACAUCGACGAGAUGGAGCGACUGAGGAAGGAGAACCUGGAGGCUCUAAGGGAGCUCAAGAGGUUACAGGAUCAACUGUUGGAGUCUCACAGAGUUCAGCAACAGAUGGAGCAAGAGAUGGACAAUAUGAGACAGGAAGCGAAGGCGGCGGCCGAGGAGACGCAAGCCUUGCGGGCGCAGAUCCAGCUGGCUGAGGAGGCCCAGAAGCAAGCUCGUGGGAUGGAGAUGGAUUAUGAGGAGGUGGUCCACCUGCUGGAGGCCGAGAUCGCCGAGCUGAAGACUCAGAAAGUCCCAAAACCCAUUAAUCCGCCUACUUUGAUGGACAAUAAGGUGAGUCAGGAGGACAACGAGCAGCUGAAGAAGAAAGCGGCCGUGCUGGAAUGCCAACUGAGGAAGUGUGACGCUGCAAAAAAAACUUUCGAAAAGGCGACCACAAAAUUGCUCGCUUUUGUUGAGAAUGUUCAGGAGUUUCUGCUUGAAGGACUUGGACCAACCAAAAGCUUCAGUUGUGCCGACAUGAAAGCGAUGACUCAAGUCGGACCCUCGCGACACAAGAAGAGCUCGUGGACGGCGGCGGCCUUGGCGAAGGAGGCUAACGAAUUGAGUACUAGCGUCAGGAACAUCCUGGAAGUGGAGACCCCGCAUGCGCCCCCUUGUGGACGCCGACCUUUGUCGUGAGUGACUGUCCUCCAUGUUUCAGCACUGACCUUCUAGUGGAUCCCCGCGAGCAGGACGUGGAGCACCUCAUACCUCUGUACCUCCGUAGACGCUAAGCGUGGUCUUCAACCUGCAUGCACUAGCAAAACUCCAUCUGUGCAUUUCUCCCAGACUACUCAUGGAGUCGCAACCAAAUUUUCUUCAUAGUCGCUUUAAUCUCACAAUAAUGUUACUUAAUAUGUAAAGAUCUCAACUUUACAGCUCAUUUUCUAAUGCUUUAUUCCAACAAUAACACACAACUAAGCUAGGUUAGCUGAAAUAACAUAAUUUUCAGAUCGAACAACUGUGAGUAUUGUUAUAUUUUAGCUAGGUUAGCUGGAAUAACAGUUAAUUUUCAGAUCAAACAACUGUGAGUUUUGUUAUGUUUUGUCUGUUUGUUGCUGCAGCAUUUGUAUUCAAAUAGUCGCUGUUUGUCAACAUCAAGCUGCUAUUAGUAAUGUGAUAUCUAUGCUGUAUAUUUACUAUUUGGUGACAUUGUGUAAAAUUCUGAUAUUUUAUUUUAUACGUUAAUAGUGCAUGGAAUUUUGUGACAUUCAAAUGAAUUCACAAUAUUUUGUGUUUACAUUUAUUUAGAAAUAUGUACAUCUGUAAAAUAUGUAUUAAUUUGAAGCAUUACUUAUGACCAAAUAUCCAAAAUACCGUAUUUUUCGGACUAUAAGGCACACCUUACUAUAAGCCGCCAUCCACUAAAUUAGACACAAAAUGACAUUUGUUAAUAGACAAGCUGCACUGGACUGCAGCUGUCCUCACUGUAUUAAGGGAUAUUUACACCAAAAGAUAUUAUCCAGCUGCAAAGCUUCAGUGCUUUAAGAGGUUUCAUUUGGCCAUCACUGCUCUCUUUGGGGAGGCAGUCAAUCUCUGCUGUCACCUGCUGUCGUCUGUUGUCAUCCAACAUUCGUCCUAGCAUGCAUUGCAGCGCUACAGCUGUAAAUACCUAUCAAAAUUCAGUUCUGUGCUAAUUAUUUCUUCAGUUGCUGUUCCAGUUGUUUCGUUUAUUGCUAGUUAUGGUACUUUCUAGCACUUUACUUAGCAGUGGUGCCAUAAGACUGUCAUAAGACAAUCAUAUUUAUGACAUGACACUGUCAUAAGCAUUAAUGAAUGCUUAUAACAGAUGUUAAAUGAUGUAAUCCGGCAAUUUAUCUCACUUUUGAAUGGAUGUAAAAGAUCGGAGCUGGACAUGAAUGGAGUUAGUGCAAGGGCUUAGGUUUGGUCUUAAUAUUGGUAGGCAUAACCUGCAUGUACACUUUUUGCUGGGGAUGGGACAUUAAUAAGGCCAAACAUAUUUGGUGAAUGGGGGUCAGGGCUGCAUUUCUCACAAAUAUGAAACUAAUUAAUUGAAAGGCUAAAUGAUUCAUGCAAAAUAAAUCUGCGUUGACCUAUAUUAACUUUCCCACUGCAAAUUUAUAACGUCUUAAUCUGAUAAUAUUUGUUAAAUCCAGUCAAAUAAUUUUCUCCAUCUUUUUUUGAGUGUUAAAGGCUAGUUAACAGAUUAAUGCAUCAGAUUCUUCCAUUUUAAGUAAAUAUUCGUAUUGAGCCCAUACUUCUAAAAGUUGGUAAUUUUUCACCUACAUCAAGAAAAAAAUUAUUUCAAAUAAUGUUUUGAACUAUAUUCUUGAAUUAAGAACGUUUAUGACAAACAGGUUUUUCUUUUAAGAUGAAAUAUACAAACUUUUUGCUUAAAAUAAGUUAAGCUUAUUUUCAGCUAGCUGUUUUUCUUAUUUCAAGAAAUCUCAGUGAGUAAAAUUGACUUGAAGCGCUGUAGCAGUAGCAAAAUUAGUGGAGUGUUACCCACUUCCACAACAUUGAUGUCUUUUUACAUUACAGUGGCAGCUGCUGGCGGAAAAUAACUUCGAAUAUCCCUCGUCGUUGAAGGGGGCAGGGGAGGCAGCAUGUUGUAUUUCUGUCGGGCUGUGAAUGGGUGUAUGUGUCUGGAGGAGGGGGGGGUGGAGUCAUCAGCCAAUCAAACGUAUGUUUGAGGGGAAAAAAUGGACUGGCACAUUCAGCGAGUGAAAAUGGGUCAGUGGAAGUCUGAACAUAAUGAAAGUACUGUAAUUCACUUAAUAAUCGUAGGAUAAAUCCUAUCCUUACAACAUAUAGGAAGACAAUCUAAAUGACCUAUAUAACUGAAGUCAUUAUAUAAUGCAAAUAAGGUUGCUUAAAAGUUGGUGGGGAUAAUUUGCGCAUCCUGAAAAGUUGGUAGUGUUAUGUCCCUACCGUUCCUAUGCAAACCUACGCCCUUGAGUUAGUGCCAUAAUUUGCAGGAUUACACUUAUUGACAUAUGUCAAUAAGCAUUUAGUAAUGCCUAAGAUAGUGUCAUGUCAUAAUCAUGACGGUCUUAUGACAGUCUUAUGACAUCACUGUCAAAUACAGCGUUACCUAUUAACCCAAAUAAAUCAACAAAUAAGCCGUACUGGACUAUCAGCUACAGGAUUUACAAUGAGGGGGGAAAUGUAGCGGCUUAUAGUCCGAAAAUUACGGUAUUGUAAUUGAUUAACCAUUAAACAAUAAAACUAGGGAGGGGUAUAAUGUAACUAAAUGUCUUGUGUUUACAAUAAAUGUGUCAUUGCUGUAUAUACAUAGAAAUUAAUUAAUCAUCAAAUUAUAGGGUUUUUAUAUAUAGAAUAGUUUAUAUUACUAAUACAUUUAUUUUAAUAUUAAUUCAUUCUCAAUUUUACAAUGUAUUUAGUUAAUUUAAUCAUAAUUUAUUACCCAUUUAUUUAGUAAAAUGGGGGAAAUUGUGUUUUUUGUUAAAUUGAGUGUUUGCAAGUCAAUUCAGCAAUUAUGCAAUAUGAUAAUUGGAUAGAAAAUACAUUGUCUUUGUGUGUAGUAACAGAACAAAAAAUGAUGACUACGGUGGAAAUUUAGGCCUCAGCAGAAGUCUUUGGAGCCACAAUUUCAGCCACUUGUAAGCUUUAAGCAGAAGGUCACUCUUACCUAAUCACACACACAACAGCAUGAGGAUGAUGAUGAUUAGAUGAAAAGGGACAGAAAGAAAGAAAGUAGGUCAUGUAGAUGCAGGAGAGUUUUCCUUCCAGUCACCUCCGUCUGCUUUUCAUCGCUUCACUUGUUGCUAGGAUACCAAUAGCUGCCUGGACUCGCACACACGUAUGUAAAGAUGGAGUUUUUGUUCAAGCUGCUGCUGUCAAUAUUGUUUUCUUAGAAGGAUUUUUGUCAAGCCCAAACGUGUCAAUAAAGUUGACACUUUUGCUGAUUUAUGUGUUUAAAUCGUCAGCAAAUGAUGACAACUUGUACUUUUGUGGCAGUUUUUUAGCAUAUUUUUGGGCAUUUUAGUGUUAGGCUUUAAGUUUUUUUUUUUUUUUUUUUUUUUUUUUUUUAAACAAUUUACGACACAUUUUUGGAGGCUUUAGCAUGGUUGUUUUUCUUGUUUGUUUUUUGUCCAUCAUUUUUUGUUUGAAUUGGGAGCUUCUGUCCCCGUUUUUGUUAGAUGUUUUCUUUUUCUGCUGCCAAAGUUCUAUCUAAUCAAGAAAUUUGUCUAAUUAUGUUUGUGAAAUGGAAAGUACUUAAUAAAGUCUUGUCCUUAACGUCUUCGGACUCUGUCUACAUUUUUUUUGUCAUGUCUUGAUCCCCCUAUUUGAUUUUUAUAUAUUUUUGUCAGUUUAAAUAAAAUCUAUUUACGUUUCGUUCUUAGCUUUUUUUUUUGCAUUCAUCAUUUUGUUCCAUAUUUGUGAAAUACUUUUCCCCCCACAUUUUUGUGAAGUAUAGACAAGUUUCCUGAGCGAAACAUGAGCGGCGCCAUCUUUGACGUUUUCUGCAAUAAACUUCCGCAGCGAAGUACGGUUGAAGUAAGCAGUGUGUAGACCAAGUUAAAACCGCAAAAUCAAACCAGAGGAAUCCAUAGAAUCUCCAAAAAUGGAUUCAGCACGAUGUAGAUGAAGCUUCAGGACUUU